AUGACUAGUUCAGCGGGGCCAAGAGGUUUGCCUGGUGUUUCCGGCAUUCCUGGCAUUCCAGGUAUCAAUGGAUCGCAAGGUCCCAUUGGUCCCAAGGGUGAGCAGGGCAUUAAUGGCUCCCAAGGCAUCCAAGGCCCUGCCGGACCAGCGGGGCCAAGAGGUUUACCUGGUGUUUCCGGCAUUCCUGGCAUUCCAGGUAUCAAUGGAUCGCAAGGUCCCAUUGGUCCCAAGGGUGAGCAGGGCAUUAAUGGUUCCCCAGGCAUCCAGGGCCCUACCGGACCUCCAGGCGGUGAUGGGUCCCAUGGGGUACCAGGGCCUCCCGGCCCGCCAGGACCUCCCGGCCGGCCAGGGCCUGGAAACCUCAGUUUGUGUUCUUACAAAGAGAAAACGAGCGGCGGUGUUACCAAAGGUGACCAGGCACGCGCUACAGUUAAUGUAAAGGAGCUGCAUGACGUGAAGAUUAUUGGUGUGACUUGUUCAUCGAACGAUGCUGUAGUGCAUACCUUAAAAAGCCAAGUCAACGGAGGAUCCCAAAACUUUAUUUGCGUUUGUCGAGGAAGUAUGAACACAAUCGGUGUCGACAAAAUGUUUUGUUAUAUCCACUAUUGGGAAUGUCGCUUGAUCACUUAA